AUGAAAGGCCAGACAGACCUAUCGGUCGAAGGCAUUUGGGACAGUCUCACGGGAAACAACAACUGCCUGGGAUGCCACGGAAUUCUUCUCAUCUUGAAGGCGCUCGCAAACUUUGGUGACGAUACUUUCGUCGGCGCCCUGCAAAAGCUCUGUGGUGCCGCUUCCUCCGAAGAUGAAGACGUCUGUAACGGCACUCUAGCUUUGGAAGGCCCUGUGAUUGCCGCAAGUCUCCGCGACCUCACCCUGGGAAGCAAGACAGCUCAGGUCUUCUGCACAACCCUCCUCGGCCUCUGCGACUACCCUGAGGUUGAGCCGUACUCCGUCCCCAUGCCCCCCAAGACUAUCACCUCUCCUCUCCCGGCAAGCGUCUCCUCAAACGGAACAAAGUCCUCCCCUUUCAAGAUCGCUCACUUCUCAGACAUCCACAUCGACCCUCUCUACGUCACCGGCUCCAACGCCAACUGCUCCAAGCCGAUGUGCUGCAGACCGUACACCCCAGCCGACGAGCCCGGCAACAACGACUUCCCCGCCGGCCCCUUCGGCGACCACAACUGCGGCGCCCCCCGCGGCCUCGAGCAGAGCAUGUACGCCGCCAUCAACGCCCUCUCCCCCGACUUCGCCCUCUUCACCGGCGACAUCGUCGACCACGCCAUCUGGAACACCGCCGUCGCCCAGAACUCCGCCGAGAUCAGCAUGGCGUACCAGCACAUGUCCGAUGCGGGGCUGCAGGUCUACGGCACCGUCGGUAACCACGAGAUGUCGCCCGCGAACGCCAUCCCGCCGACACCUCGGCGCCGGCUCGCAGUGGCUUCGGUCAAGACACCCAGGAACGGGUUGAGGGUGAUUUCGGUGUCGACGAACUUUUGGUACACGCUUAACUUUUGGCUGUAUAAGGAUGUGCAGAGGGAUCCGAGUGACCACCUGAAAUGGCUCGUCGGGGAGCUUGAUGCAACGGAGAAAGCUGGCGAACGCGUGUUCCUGGUUGGGCAUAUGCCCAUGGGCAUUUCUGAUGCGCUCCACGAUGGACCGAACUACUUCGAUCAGAUUGUCAACCGGUACAAGUCAACCAUCGCCGGUCUCUUCUUCGGACACACCCACCUCGACCACUUCCAAUUCAGCUACUCCAACUACGCCAACCGCACCGCCUCCAACGCAGUCGCAACAUCCUACAUCGCCCCCUCCAUGACCCCCCUAUCCGGCAUGCCAGCCUUCCGCAUCUACACCAUCGACCCCACCACCUUCGGCAUCCUCGACAUCGAGACCUACGUCGCUGACAUGGCCGACCCGACGUGCCAAACCGCCGGGCCCGUGUGGAAACGCUCCUUCGCCGCUAAGGAGACCUUCGGCGCCCUCCUCGAUACCCCCGUCGCCGCGGACGCGGGGCUGACCCCGGCGUCCUGGCAUAACGUAACCGUCGCGCUGGAGAAAGACCCAGCUACGUUUGAGGCGUACUGGGCGCGCAGGACGCGCGGGUGGGACGUGCCGGCGUGUGACGACGCUUGCCGCAAGAGUGAGAUUUGCCAGCUGCGUGCGGCGAGGAGCCAGGAUAACUGCUUCGUGCCGACGCCCGAUAUGUCGUUUGGCAUCAGGUCGGAGGGUGGAACGAGAAAGCCGGCGGAGUGUGAUCGCUCGGUGGUUAGGGACACGAUUGGAUCGCUUGCUGUUCGCAAGGGCCUGGUUGAACUUCUCGAGGCGUUGCUGAAGGAGCACCAGACCCGAAAGUGA